CCAACCCCUCCCAACAACUCCCCGCACCCUCGUCUCCAGCCGGGAGGUUACACGUUGCCCCACAAGGUUCUACUGAGGCUGAAACCUAUGCGGCAGGAACCCCCCCACUGGGGCUGGAAAUGGUUAAAUCCUAGAGGAUGUGGUUUUGCCCCAAAGUGAUGCUGCUGGGGAUUCUGCUCCUGGGCAGUUGCCAUGGAGACAAUUGCCCCACAGAAUGUAGUUGUUCCACCCUGGCCCUGGGCAAGUUGAUAAUAGACUGCAGCCGCAGGGAGUUGCAGAAGGUUCCGGCGCUGCCCGUUGCCACCCAGGAGCUGUACCUGCAGCAGAACCAGCUGAGCACCAUCCCCCCGGGGGCAUUUGAGCACCUUAAUGCCCUGAGGAAAGUGAAUUUAUCCCACAAUCCCUUGCACUGUGACUGCACCCUGCGCCCCCUGCGCAGCUGGUUGGACACCGAGGGGCUCGACUCUGGCGCCGUCUGCCUGACCCCCCCGGCCCUAAGGGGGAAACCACUGGCCCUUGUGGCCCCUGGGCAAAUGGCUUCCUGCUUGGGGCCCCUAACUCUCUGCUCCCACUUCCUGGUCACCGACGCUUUCCUCUUCCUCUUCCUCCUCAUCCUCCUCCUCCUCAUGUUCCUCUGUCUCAGAACUUUCCAGGGGAUGAAAUUCAGGAUCCGAGUGAACGAGAGCGAAAUGAGAGUGCGGAACAAUUGGAGCCCGGUGAUUGGCUCCCUGAAACGCCGAUUUCUGGCCUCCGUGAAAUCCUCCUAAUUUCUCCCCAUUUCUCCCCGUUUUACUGCCUUGAAUAAAGUCCGACUUUAUGUGCCCGAAA